AAGAAAAAAACUUGUUGCAAACUUGUUAAAAAAUAGUGCAAUUUUGUGUUUUUAUCCUCCACCUCUACAUCAGCACUUCGUCAUGCAGGUCAUUAUCAUGCAGGAGCAGCAGCUAUCACCGGACAGCAAAAGCUUGUCCUCCUCUUCUUCUCCUCGUCGUCGUCGUCUCAGUUUCCUCAUCAUUGUGCUCUCUGAAGAUUCUGACCAUUGUUUCCUAAAGUUCCCCCUGCGUCUCCUCCUCUACACGAAGAAGAAGAAUGUGACCACCCCCCCUCGAAAACACGACCUCCAGGAGAGUGAUCUCCUACCCAUCAUCGUCGUCGUGGUCGUGGAGUGCGUGAGUGAGUGCGUGCCUUUCGGAAGCAGUACAGUACCUGGUGGUACCUGUACAUAAAGCAGUGCGGCAUCCUCACGGACGGCUUUUCAGCAUCAUCAUCAUCAUCCUUGCAUUGUUUGCAGUGAUGAUCAUUUUCGUCGUAUGGUGGUUUUAUUGUGAUGAUUACUUGGAGCAGUAGCAGCGCUUUGGUGGUGGUGGUGGCUGGUAGAAUAUUGGCUGGAGGAGAGAAGAAGCUCGCUCUAGAGGAGGCAUGGAGGAAGCUCGGGCACAACACUGACAUCACAUCCCACUCAAAUCAAAUCUCUCAUUUCCUUCCAAACACAAACCUCUCUUAGCCAACCAACCAACUACUUACUUGCUACAUACACAGGACUACAACACUUAACAACAUCAGCAAUAUAGCGCGGUCAAAAGCGCCACCUUAAGACCUUAUCCUCCUCCAAGGAAAGAAGGACUCUAAACCGUUCAUUCAUGGAUAAAAUGCAAGACAUAAGUGUUAUUCAUUCCUCCGAGAUGGUGUAGAGGGAAUCCGGGGAUGGAUUCCACAUCCAGGGAGACAUUGGGGAUGAAAACCUUUGAGCAGUCCGACAGUGGGGAGUUUGUGACCAAUGCGGACUCUCUCCCCUCUACGUUAAACAUCCGAGGAGGUGUAGGAGAUGUUCCUUCCUUUCCACACCAAAAGACAGUCGUCUCUUCGAACAAUAUCUUCGAACUCCAAGAGUUGUCGUCAUCCAUGCCUCCGUCAGAGGUGGUCGUGCCCUUACUUCUGCCUCCCAGAAGCCCCUCUAGUAAACCACCUCCUCCAGACGUGGGCCUCCCCUCUUCUGGAGAUUCUCGUACGAAUUCCAUUAAUUCGUCAAAUACGGACUCCGUUCGCCUUAAAGGAUAUGAGACUCCCAAGUUGCCAAACUCUACCGACGCGACAGAUUUUGGGAAUAGAGUUUUAAACUACUUAAUCCCUCCUCAAGCUGGAGGGACCAAAUUUAAACGAGGGCCGGGAAGACCUAGGAAAGAUUUUCUUGGUGUAACAAAAUCCCCUAGACCGCCUGCGAAUCAGAAGAUUAAACCUUUUGUGGGGGGUGUGAGAGGAAGGAAAAAGUCGGAUCUAUCAACUCCAUUGCUUAACUAUAAUUCAACCUCUUUCAACUCGGAGAUAUCUAUAGGAGGCUCCCCACCUCGGGGAACCGACGAUACUGCGGAAUCGGAUAGUAGCAGUGUUGCCUCGUCUUUAGAAAAGUUACAGGAUGACUUUUCAAUGUUUCCUGAGUUGUGGCCUGGGAAGCUUUGCGGGUUUUGUAAUUUGGGAGAAAGGAGUAUGCUAGGACAAGGAGAAUUGCUUCGUUUGGAGAUACCGGAAGGUUUCGAUGCCCUUGCUGUAUUGAAAACGCUAGCGCCAAAGAGUCGAAUAGAGCGAGACAGUGCUGUCGACAAAAACAACAAGCCUGGAUUGUUUUCAAGGCGUCAGAAGGGAUCAGGAAAGAUGAAACGGCUAGUUUCUCAAAGUAGCUUGGAAAGCUUAAAUGAACCAGUUGAUGAGAUUUGUGGACAUUCAGAAGAGCCAGAAAGUCAGUUAGUGUUCGAUAUUGGAACAGGAGUAUAUUUUGUCCAUUAUAACUGUGCCCUAUGGUGUGACGGUGUGCAAAAGAAGACGGAUAACACUUUUUCAAAUUUAGAAAUAGAGAUCCUUCGAGCCCUUAGUCAACGUUGUCAACACUGCGGGAAUUUAGGGGCCGGACUUAUGUGCAAAGCAGACGGAUGUAAUGUACUCUUACAUUAUCCCUGUGCAGCUAUCAGUGGUGCAUUUCAAGAUUCGACUACUACUGUGUGUUCAUCUCAUGUUGAGACAUUAUACGCAGAAGGAAAAAUUUCGGGAAUCUGCACAGUGUGUGACUCUAGGAGCGAUAUUACAUCUUUGGUUAUGUGUAGUUCAUGUGGACGACAUUAUCACGGUUCAUGCAUGGCUUUAAAUUCCGACCCAGGUAUUCGAGCAGGAUGGCAAUGCCCAGCUUGCAAAGUCUGUCAAGCUUGUCGGCAGGCUGGAGAGGAAGGCAAAUUGUUAGCCUGUGAUACUUGCGAUAAGACCUAUCACAUAUUCUGCCUUCGACCAGCAUUGUCUUCAAUACCUAAGCAUAGUUGGAAGUGCAAGAUGUGUCGUAUGUGUACAGAUUGUGGAGCAAGAACUCCAGGGUCAGGGCCUUCUUCAAGAUGGCAUGCCAACUUCUCAGUCUGUGAUUCCUGCUAUCAGCAACGUAAUAAGGGAUUGGCGUGCCCAUUGUGUGGAAGAGCUUAUCGUCACGUCGCCCAGAAACUCAUGCUGCAGUGUAACCAGUGCAAAAAGUAUGUUCACGGGACCUGCGAUCCAGCUGCUGAUUUAGCAACGUAUCAACAAAAGAAGGAAUUGUAUCCAGAUUACGAGUACAUUUGCGUACCAUGUAAAGCAUCUGGAACUGGUCUCAAUACUUUGGGUGGAAAUCCUAAAGUUCUUUCAAUCCUGAGAAGGUCGGAUGAGUCAGAAGACGGAACCAAUCAUAAUAUGUGUGCUACUUCCCAAGAUUCUCUGCUAUCUUUGGAAGAUGAUUCAUUUCCUGGGACAGAGAAUAGCAAUGAUCUCGUAUGGUUGGAUAAGUCGUUGGCCAACACGCCUUUAGAUGAAAUAAAACCACCGCAGCUGCCUCCUCACCACCACCAUCAUCAUACUCCAUUAUUUUCCAAAGACAAGCAAUUUGUGGGUAUGGAGAAACUACAAAAACGAAAGUUUUUAACGGGAAGAUUAAAAGCAGCCGAAAAAGUCGAUAAAGCAGCAGCCACACAUUCCGUUGGACGAAAAACAAAAUUUAAUGAGUUUGCCAAAAAAAGAGGCCCAAAGCCAAAGUUGAGGUUAUUUGGGAACUCUAGAGGGACCAUGAGCCGUUCAACUUCGGAUGGUUUUAACAAAGACGAAGAGCCUGGAGUUGAAAAUCGUAUGGUGCUGUGCUCAGCUCGAGAUGAUUAUGUUUUACAGCAAGAUGUUUGCGUCAUGUGCGGAGCUUUCGGUAGCGAUUUGGAGGGUCGUCUCAUUUCUUGUUCUCAGUGUGGCCAAUGCUAUCACCCUUACUGUGUCAAUGUGAAAGUUACCAAAGUGAUCUUGUUGAAAGGAUGGAGGUGCUUAGAUUGUACGGUGUGCGAAGGGUGUGGUCAGAGGAACGACGAGUCACGCUUAAUAUUAUGCGAUGAGUGUGACGUUUCUUUUCAUAUAUACUGCAUUGAGCCACCUUUAGAGCGAGUUCCUCAUGGGUCGUGGAAAUGCCAGUGGUGUGCCGUGUGCCAUUAUUGCGGGUCCAGCUCUUCGCGUUGCAGUGGAUGGUUUGAGAACUAUACAAAAUGUGGUUCUUGUGCAUCUCAAACUCAAUGUCCAGUUUGUAAUGUGAAUUAUACGGAAAAUGAUCUCAUAAUUAAGUGCUUAAAAUGUGAAAGGUGGCUUCAUGGAGCUUGUGAUAUGAUAAAAGACAUUAAAGACGCUGAGAAAUGUGCCGAUGGACACUAUAUAUGCAUUUUGUGUCGACCAAUGGACACGUUGCCUCUGCAUUUGCGCCCACCUCCAAAGAUUGCCUUUGCUAAAAAGGAGCCCCCUGCUAUAACUCAUGAUGGUAUAGUGAUGAAACCAAACAACAAUCAUAUUCUCGUUGACGGAAUUAAGGUUCGUAUUCCACAGGAAGUUGAUGGAAUUUACCUUUCGGAAUUUGGUGUUCACCAAAUCAAGUCCCUUACUUUAGACCUACCAAGGAAAAAGAGGAAAAAGAUGCCUAAUAUAUCUGACAUGGAAGCCGGUAUAUUAGCUGCAAUAGAAUCGGUUGUAUGUGGAGAAGAUGACAAGGGACCAAUGAGAGACCUCAAUAAAAUGGAUGGUGAAAAAGAAAAAGAUUCCAAAAAGAAACAACGUAAUCUUCAAAAAUUGGGAAUUGGAGGAUUUCUGGUUCGUCUACGUGGACCAAGAUUUAAGGAUGAGGACAUGGACAGUUUAGAAUCUGGAGGCCUUCUGCUUGACGGAGAGAAACCUAAACGGAAGCCUCAGAAAAGAAAAACUAAAAACAAGCUUGUAGAAACCUUCCCUACUUAUUUACAGGAGGCCUUCUUCGGUAAAACACUGAUGACUCCUGCCAAGGAUAUCAAGGACAUUGAUCUCUCUUCCAUACGAGAUGCUGAUUCCACAACCGAAAAUAAUUUAAAAAGCGAGAAUACCAUCAAAUUAUCAAAAGAGGAAUUACUCGACCUCGAGUCCAUGAAAUCCAAGAAAUCACCUGAUCAAGCUCAGAAACCAGACAAGCCAAGAGAACCAAAUAAACCACAUGCGGCUGCUGCGGUGAAUGAAGUUGAAGGGAUGGACUUGUUAACUGCUGACCUGCUGGAUCACGACUUAGUCAACACUAUCAUGAACGAAAGGAAUAUAAAAACCGAGGUCGACAUGUCAGACAAUCGCCGAGGUCUUGAUGGCUCGUCUCAGUUACACAACUCUGAUGACAAUAAUCAUAAAGAUGAGCUGACAGACUUCCUCAGUGCUCAAUUUAAUCUUGAGUCUAUGGAUGCUGCUGGGCUUCCAAGUAUGGACAGCAAAGAUGUGGAUGACAUAUUUAAAGGAGUUUUAGUUGAAGAAUCACAAGAAGGUCUUUAUCACGUUGCACCAACUGUUGUGCCAUCUCACCCACCUCCCCGACCUCGACCCCCAGUCCCAACAACCCCCUCGGGUGGUGCACCAUCAAUAAUCCCUUCGCCAAUUGCUCCACCAUCAUCUCAAGGAAGUCCCUCAGUUCCAAGACCCACAGGCGUUCAACAAAAUCUUGCUUCUCCAGUUAGUUUUCCACCUCCAUCCCCAUAUCAUUCUGAAUAUAGCAACAGUCCGCAAUUCAGCCCAGCUUUCUCAGAACCUCCUCCAAGUCCAUGGCCAGCUGCGGCUGAGGAUUCUGACCAGCCUAGCAGUUAUAACCAAAGAAGUAUUCUCAAGUGGGAAGCAGACGAAGGGUUAGGACAUAGUGCUACAAUUUCCGCAGUUUUGUAUGCAAACAUUAAUCAUCCCGAGUUAAAACGGGACUAUGCCAGUUGGGCAGAAAGAUCCAAGCAGAUUGCAAAGAUUUGGAGAGGAUUGCCAGCCGAUAAACGUGCUCCAUAUUUACAAAAAGCUCGGGAAAACAGAGCAGCUAGUCGAAUGCAGAAGGCGCAGCAGGUAUGCAAUAUACCAAAAGAUAUUUGCAAUGGAUCAACAACUUCUAAGAAGGAUGUUGCACAACUCUCCUCACCCGAAAACUCUCAAACUUCUCCCAAGGGGUGUUGUCACUCUCCACAGACACCCUCCUCUCACCCGCACACUAACGAGUCGAAACCCACCACUUGCACUUCUACUUCCACUACUUCUACUAACGAUAAACCUAACAGCUUUACUCAGUUCCCUCCAUCCUCCUUAUGUUACACCCACCCCCCGUCUUCGCCUGUUGCACCACCACCAUCUCAAUAUGUCAACAUUAAACCUGUUGAUCAUCGACGCGUUCAAAAUAUUUGCACUUCUUCCACUUCUUCGAUACCACCAUCAGUUGACAAGCACUACUACAAUGAAAAACAAUUGUUUGUGGACCAGCAUAUCAAAGUGCUGACGCCGUCGGAAAUUAUGAAAAGCCUACCAGAUUUAAGCCAAGACGAGUGCGGUGUGUUUUCGUCUAGAAUGGACCAGGACAAGGUUAUCACAGUCAAUCAGAAAACGAGAGUUGAGACUCAAGAGGAGAGACAUUGGAAGCAAAUGCAAGCCCUUCGACAACAGCAGUCUCAGUUGCAAGAUCCAGGAGCAAAGGAUCCAAAUUCCGCACAACAACAUUCACAAAUGCCGUUCUCUCCCAGUCCUGGAGUGCCUGGGAUUUUACGCCCCAUUCGUCAUCCAAAUGAGAUAAUGAUUGGAGGAACAGACAACAUUAGACAACCUCUUCAUGUUACAAUGUCGCAUGAUCAAAAGAUUUCUCCACUUCAAUCUCCACAAGUCCAAGCGCAAGCUCAACAAUUACCCCCAGCACUUGGACACCCUAUAAGAUCAUCUGGACCCACCGAAAUGGCUCCUCCCGGCCAGAUGACAGGUCAAAUGUUUAGUCCACGGACUGGCGUUCCACCUGGUCAACACAUUUUAAGAUCUCCCGUAUACAACCGUCCUCAAUUUAUUCCUUCUCCGGUAAUGUCAGCUCCUAGCCCGAGCGACAAUUAUAGCAAUAUUCAAACACCAGAAGACAAUACUCGGCCAAACUGCUUCAUUGAAUCAGACAACAUGGUUUCUCCAUCCGAUCCUUCGCAAUAUGGUCAGAAAAUACCUGGAGGUCCAAUGACUCCGAUUGACACUUCUGACAUGGGAAACACAACUCGUGGUCCAUCAGCUUCACCUCAAGGGCAAGAAACGCGACAACACUUGCGAGAUUUGCUUCAACGUCAACAAGUUAAAAAACUGGAACAAGAUCAAAUGUCUCCAACUAUGGAACCACCUCAACAAAAUGCUCCUCGCAUGUGGUCUCAAGAAGAAUGGCAGAAACCUGGAAAUAUUGACAAUAAUCAGAUACGACAUUCAGUUCCUGGCGGAAUCCCACCUAGUCACACCCACACCAUGAACAUGAAUCAAUUUAGACAACCUUAUUUGCCUGGUCAUCCCAGAAUGUCCACUGGACUUGCUCAAAAUAUCCAAACAAUGAACAGACCGAAUGACUUUAGAAUGAACGUUGUACAGCAACAACAACAAGUUUCAAAUCAAGCUCCAGAUAUGCGAACUCGUAUGAUGCUACCUCAGCCAAGGGGCAUGAUGGGAGGCCCUCCUUCCAGACAACUUCAACCCUUUCAAGGAACUCAGCCUAACCAAUUUCAAGUUUCUCGUAAUCCCAUUGAUCCAUAUGGUCAUCUGGUGGUACAACAGUCAAAGAUGCAAGGUGGUGGAAUCGUCUCAUCGCCCUCUAUGCUUGCUCAGCAACUUGGCCGACCCUUACAACCAGUAAGUGCUGGUCAAAAUCCACAGGAUCCUGGAAUUGUCCAAGUCCAAGGGACAUCAAAUGCAAUGUCAGAACAACAGCAAAUGAAUGCUCCAUCAUCUAUGGCUGAACCCAGCACAUUAGCCUCUCAUCUUCCCAGUGAUCACCAAGAGCUUCCAGACAGCGUGACGGCAGAGCUUGAAAAGUUGGAACAAGAGCAACACAAUGAGCACAACGCGGACCCAAGUGAACUUGCAGAUUUAGGAAUGGAUGAUGAUGAAUUGUUAGGAAUGGGUGCAGAUUUUAAUAUCUUGGAAUACGCGGAUCCAGAACUUGACGAAAUUGUAGUGGGUGGCGAGAAAACAAACAUUUUGGAUAACUUAGACCUUGAAGAAGUACAUGACAAGGAUGACAAUCGGGACAAGAGGAAAGAAGUGACGGGAAGUAGAGGCGUGAAAUCUGAAGAUACAGAAUAUACCCCAUCGGGAAAACCAGUUCAACCAAUGAAGAUUCCAACUUCCAACAUGAAUGUACCACCAAAUUCUGAGAUGCUUUCAUCUCCUCCGAACGCCAGCUAUAACAACGCGCCUGCAAAUAUGGAGAAUGUAAACUCACAACAACAGCAGCAGCAACAACAACAACAGCAGCAGCAACCCGUUCUAAGGCCGGCCCAACCACCCCCUCCUUACCCAGGACCUCCUCCUCCAUAUCCAGGAAGACCUCAGCUAGGAAAUAGAAAUGGUUGUGGUUUGAACAAUGCUGCACAGCCACCAGUAAUGGGGCCGAAUAUGGGGAUGGGGAAGAACCCUGUGGGGGGACUUAUGAGCGAAGGAGGGCGACCCCCCUUUCCGCCCCAUGUCUCACCUUCCGCAAUGCUUUCCAAUUCUAAUCACCAUCUCUCAAUGCAACAACGUAAAACUCUCCUGCUUCAGGAACAGCCGUUGUUACUGGAAGACCUUUUAGAACAAGAGAAACGAGAACAAUUGCGACAAAAUUCUGGUCUAAUUGGUGCUGCUCCAGAAGAACCGCUCUUGAGUGACUUUGACUUUGAGAGGCUGAAAGCCGACGUCCUUUCCUCAUCCAACCUCCCAGUCAGUUUGUCACCCCCAACUGUAGUGGCAGGAAUGAGGAAUCAACAACAAUGUCCACCACAGCAAGUUAUUCAAGAAUGGCAAAUGGACAAUCAAAUGAUGAUGCGAGGGCCGGAUCCCCCUCACCUAGAACAAACCCAACAUGUUGGUCCUCAUCCUUCCGCUUCACAUCUUCCACCAGGUCCAUCUACGGGUGCGUCUGCUGCCGCAAAUAUUGCAAGGUUGCCCAUGCACCUUACCGCUCCUCCAACCCCACCCGAACAUCCCACCAACGAACAAGAGAGACAACUUCAGAUUCAAUAUGAACAGUGGCUGCAUGGACAACAACACGUGCUAAGCGUGCACUUGAAAUGUUUUGAAACUGAAGUUAACAAAUUGCGCAAAAUUAAAAAGUCACUAAACAGUAAAUUACGACAGUUACGUAAAAACAACAAUGAACUGAAUGAUAAUGAUUCGUCCGAAUUGGACAGAAUUGCGAAAGAACUACCUGCCUUACAGAAACAAUUGGAUCAAGCACGAAAACACACGAGACAGCACAACUUACUCAUUACAGAUUACCGCAACAAACAACAAAAGAGACAACAAAUCAUGGGAUUGAGCCAAGGUGGACAAGGUGGUGGUCCCCCAACGCAAGCAUCCCCACUAGGAGCUGCUUCGUCCCCAUUGCACUCGACUCCUCAAUCUCCACUUAUGAGUCCGUCUCCGUCCAUGCAACCAUCUCCUCUGAUGCAAAUGCAACAUUCUCCUAUGGCAAGUCCACUGACUCCAAGUCCAGGCCCGGCGGGCGGCUCCUUGUCUCAAACGUCACCAAGAGGCUCAUUAAACACUGUUCACAUGAUGGAUGACCCACAGUUCAGUCCUAACGACGGUUCCAAUCGACCUGGUCCAGGAAGAAUGCAUCAAAUGACAAACUUCCGCGUGGCUCCUACAUCCGCGAGUGGUCAUCAGAUUUUGCUUUCCCAAGCGGGGGGAAUUAACCCAUCAAUCAACCCUGGGAUGGUUAUGAAUAGGGGCAUGAAUCCCAACAUGGUGCAAAUGCAACAUAAUCGGCCAAUGAUGGAAGCUCAAAUCCAAAGGAUGAGAACAACUUUGCCCCAAGAUCAUAUGAGAAAUGUGAAUCCAAUGGCUUCUAGAUUUCAAAGAAUUGGGAUGAACCAAGAAAUGAUGAUGAGAGCUCGUCCCCCUUCAAAUUUUCCCAAUCAGCCUCAAUUGGUGAUGUCUCCAACGGGACAUUAUAAUGUUUCUCGUGUACCAUUUCCAAGCCAAAGUCCAACAGGCUCAACUAGCCUGCGAAGUCCAUCUCCUAUGAUCCCAAUGGGUAAUAUGCCAAUGGGUAGUCCGCCAAAUCAGAUGAUGAUGUCACAAAAUCGAGUUUCGCCAGCUUCUUCACCGAUGCGCCGUCCAUCCGGAAGUGGAAGCAUUGGAAGUGCUAGUCCAAUGGCAGAAAGACCUCAAAGUGUGGAAAAUCCCCUCACCCCGCGGGGAAACACGGGAAGUAGCCGACCCCACACCCCUAGCGGACCUUUAAACUGUCCUCAAAUGGAUCAACAACAGCAACAUCAUAUUCAUCAACAGCAGAUGAAUAAUCCGAUGGAUAUGCAAAAUUUCAGCCCAAUGGACAAUUGUGGUAUGGGAAACAUGGGUAGCCCUUCUUCCCAUAAGAUGCAUAAUUUCAUGCAAAAUCCUGGCGAUUAUCAAGGACAAAUGAUGAACAACGACUAUAAUAAUGCAAAUGUGAACAACAGUGGAGGGGGUGGAGGAAAUCCUCACGUGAUCCCGUUUCCUACAUUUUCAUUUUUUGAUGGCCCCGUCAAGCUUGGUCUUAAAGGAGGAAAUCCCUUCUCGGUAGUCACCGAACAUACUCCGUCCACAUCGAAUUCCAAUGUCGUGGAGCAGACUGCCAAUACUACUGUGAAUCAAGUCCCAAUGCCUCCUCAAGCAUCCGCAUCGCCCGCGAAUGUUGCACAUCCUGCAGGAGGAAGUACGCCAAGCAUUACCAGUAGUAAUAUUCAGCAGCAAGUGAAUAAUACAUCUCCACCAUUGGCAAAUUGUCAAGGUGAAAGAAUGGAGAUUUCUUCUGGUUCAAAGUCGUGUGGUCCUUUAGUGGCUCAACAACAACAAGGAUCAGGAGGAGGAGAAGCAAAACAAAAUAUUGAACCACUUCCAACGUUACAAAAUUCGACCCCUUCAACAGCUUCUGCCGAAAAUGACAUACCAUUAUCCAAACCGGAAAUAAUUACUAAUUCGAUCCAGCCUGUUAACAAAACCUCUGAGAUUCUUGCAACCAAAGAGUCUAGUGGAUCACGCAAUACGUUUCCUUCGAAUGUCCUAGUUAAUAAUGAUUGUUCUCAAAGCCAUAAACAAGGUGACGGCGACCAAAAACUGUAUAAUCACGUUUCCGAAGGAUCUGAAUUAGUGAAUCACAAAGAAAAUAAUUCCCCUAGUUCAGUGGCUGUUACAAAAGUGGACACCCCUCCUCUAAUAACUGAAAACAAAAAUCACGUUCUUCCAGCUAAUUAUACUACAAAUAUUACUACUACGCUUACCGACGAAAUAGACGCAGAUAAGGUUACAAUAGUCCCCAAGGAACUGACUCCAAAUAUCCCCCCAAUUAAUAAGAAGGAGAAUGUCAUCCCAUCAGAUGAGAUUAAACAUUCACCGAUUGCCAAUCACGAUCAACCAAUUUCACUUGGAGGACUGCUUGAUAGACGUAAUUCAUCAAGUUCAGAAGGGUUGCCGGUUGAAACAACUUCUUCAUUUAACCACAUAGCCUUGAACCAUUCCACAACUGUGACAACCCUUGACAAUACAACACUAGUGGAGUGUCCAGAUACAAAGCCACCGCAAGCCCCACCAUCGGAGGAAGAUGUGCAUAAUUCUUCAUCGUCCCAAGUUGCAAUUGAAAAUGCAAACAUGGCUCCUCAACCCCCAGUGUCGGCUGAGGAAUCUUCUCCAUUAAUGCACAGUAUUCUUGCUCAACCACAACGGAGUGUAUCUGUUGAAUCAAAUUCGUCAUCUCAAACAAUGCAGGACGCUUCGCCUGGGGAAGCACAAUCUACAAAUGCUCUACUUAAACAACUAUUACAAAACACUGGUUGUGCGAGUACAGCACAAACGUCUGAAUUCUCUUUAACAUCUCUCACGACGAAACCUCCCACCUCGACAGUGCACACGUCUCACUUAUCAGAGGCUGCGACGAGAAUACCACAACCUGCUACGCUGCCUAAAUCUGCAUCCUUAUCUGGUCCUGAUUCUGAUAAUGCUAUCGUGAAAACCGAAAUUUCAGAAGAUGCUGAAAACCUUCAACAAUGUUCUCCUGCUCAACUGAUGGAGACAAAAGAAAUCGUACAACAGCAACAAGUACAGCCUCAACCACAACAUCAAAUGCCUCAACACAUGCAACAGCAACAACAAAUGAUAUCUCAGCAGCAGCAACAGCAGCAGCAACAACAAAUGAUAUCUCAGCAGCAGCAGCAACAACAAAUGAUAUCUCAACAUCAGCAACAACAACAACAAAUAUCUCAACAGCAAAUGUUAUCUCAACAACAGCAGCAGCAACAACAACAACAGCAGCAGCAACAACAACAACAGCAAACUCACCAGCAACAGCAACAAUUUCCGAUCGUUAUGUCACCAGUUACUGAAGAAAUCACUGUCCCUAUUGUACAUAUAGCGCCGCAAAUUCCACUAGAACCUGCUUUUACAAAAAUUGAGGACACGGACGAUUUAUUAACUAAUGAAACUCCUAUUUCAAAACUUUUAGAAGCCAAGAAAGCAGACGAAGAAAUUAAAAAAGCAAAGCGGAGGCAGUAUCAAUCCAAGAGAAAGCAAGCUGCUGCCGCCGCCGCUGCUGCUGCUGGAAAAGAACCUCCAGCCGUUCCCAAAAAACGACCUCGAAAAGCUGGGAAACCAGAGGAAGAUUUUGAUGGGUUUAUUGACAAUUUUAUGAUCCAGUUACGCCAACUUCCCCCCGUCGGGAUUGUAGAACCAGAUUUGGGACAUAGCUACAACAUUUGCCCAGUUUUUGGUGCCGGCGAUUAUUCUAAACUAAAUGUCAAGGGGUAUGAUUUGCGUUUUGGAGACUUGAGUGGUAUGAUUGGUCGAUGUAGUUUGAAAUCGGGGAGCGAUUAUUAUAAUACGAAACCGUUUGGCAAAAUUGUGGCACCACCUGCUGAAAAAUCUCCCCCAUCGCAUCGUGGAUUUUACAAUCAAGAAUUUGCUGCUCCUCGAACAUCACUGUAUGGCACUAAACAGCAAACUGAAAGUAGAACACCUACUCCUUUAAGAGAGACGGACACUCCAGACACGAUCGUCAGUUCAUCAUCACCUGAAUGCACUUUAAGAGAUAGUCCUGACCUGUACCCAUGUUUGAAACUUGUGGAAACGGAGGAAGACAAGAAACAACACUUGAGAGACUCGCCUAAUAUCCAUAUUGCUUGUCCCAUUCCAAUCCGACCAUUGCUAGCUGCAAAACUAGCGAAAAGACAACUAGAUAUGGACAAGGAAAAUAACAUCAAGAGUAUUGCUGCAUCUAAAGCUCGUGUGCUUGGAUUACGCGAAAAUGGCAACAUUACAGUUACGCUGACUUUAUCCUCUGCAGCUGUGGAUGAAGUGCGGCUAGUCCUUCGAAACCUUGCCAAUAUUUUGGCAAUUGACACUCCGACCUGCCAAGUUGAGAAAAUAUACCCUCCCCCCGAUCGGAAAAUGUUUACAUUUAAAGCCAAAGAUUCGACUGAUAGUAUCGAUUUGCAGUGCAUUCUGAACGGAUCUGCAAAAUUUUGUAAGCACUGUGACGUGCUCGUUGUAAACAACUUUAUCAAGAAAAAUUCAGCUGAGCUGUUGGGCUUAAACUCGCCCUCUUCCUCGGAAGAACUUUGUUUCUGCAGUGCAAAUUGUUUCGUAAUGUUCUCCAUGAGUCAUGGCGUGUCUUUAAGACAUAACGAAGAUAACACGAAACAUUUGUCAGGAGAUCCUAAAAAGCCGGACGAUCCCCGAUCUAGCGCUGUACGAAACUUGUUAAAGCCAACUUUGAAAAAAGACCAUAACUUGAAUGACAGAAAGACACCUGGUGUCCACAUUCCAGUGGAAAUUGUACCGAAAGUAGAAGUAGUGUCACCUGAAAAGAAACCUGAAAGAAAGGACGUACGAUUUAAGUAUUUUACCCCUCCUGCCAUUGCUCCUAACAAAUAUAAGAAACCAACGGAAAAGGAAUUAACAGAGAUGCUCUAUAGACUUGGUAUCACCGUUUUGCCUGCUAAAAUACCAGAGGACACUCGGAAAUGUGCCUUGUGCUACCAAGUUGGAGAUGGAGUGUCUGAUGGUCCUGGAAGACUGAUCAACUAUGAUGUUGAUAAAUGGAUUCAUCUGAAUUGCGCCUUGUGGUCAGAAGAAGUAUACGAAACAGAAAAUGGUGCACUAGUCAAUGUGGAAGUAGCGUUGAAGCAAAGCCUAAAUGUUGCUUGCGCACUUUGCAAGCUCAAUGGAGCAUCAGUUAAAUGUUUCAAAGUCCGAUGCACUUCCGUUUACCAUGUUGGUUGUGCUGUGAAGGAUGGAUGUGCAUUUUAUAAAAACAAGAGCGUCUAUUGCAAUGUCCAUAUUCCGAAAGGAGAAAAAGAAAACGAAUUGACCUCUCUAUCUGUGAUUCGACGGGUAUAUAUUCAACGGGAUGAAAAUCGACAAGUAGCCGUGGUCAUGCAUCAUGGGGAUCAACACCACUUGCUUCGUGUGGGGUCCCUCAUUUUCCUCAAUGUCGGACAACUUCUUCCCCAUCAACUCCAAGCUUUCCACACGAGACACUACAUCUACCCCGUGGGCUACAAAAUAGUUCGAUUUUACUGGAGCAUGACUAAAGCCAACAAAAGAUGUCAGUAUAUUUGCUCAAUUCACGAAACGGACGGAAAACCAGAAUUUCGAAUAGCAGCCCAAGAGGGUGAUGGAAAAGAACAUGUUGUGAAAUCCUAUUCUGCUCAAGGUGCAUGGCUCCAAGUGUUAGAAGCUGUAGCCAAAGUUCGAAAUGCAAAUGAUUGCAUCAAGGUAUUCCCAAGAUAUAUAACUGGUGAAGAUUUAUUUGGACUCACAGAACCAGCAAUUGUUAAGGUGUUAGAAUCUCUACCCGGUAUUGAGACUCUCAACGACUAUAAUUUCAAGUACGGUAGAAACCCUUUGUUGGAGCUUCCUCUUGCCAUCAAUCCCAGUGGAUGUGCAAGAUCGGAACCCAAGUUGCGAACUCACUUCAAACGAUCUCAUACCCAAAGGACAGGUGCUUUCAGGGCGUCCUUGCCCACGUCUGUCCUUGCAUCAAAUGAAGCAGCGUGUCCAUAUUCAAAACAAUUUGUACACUCAAAAUCAUCACAAUACAAAAAAAUGAAACAAGAGUGGCGCAACAAUGUGUACCUAGCUAGGUCUAAAAUUCAAGGACUUGGACUUUAUGCUGCUCGUGAUAUCGAACGUCAUACAAUGGUUAUAGAGUACAUUGGAGAAAUUAUCAGGAAUGAAUUAGCAGAACUACGGGAGAAAAGAUAUGAAGCACAAAAUCGUGGGAUAUACAUGUUUCGAAUAGACGACGACCGAGUAAUUGACGCAACACUAUGUGGAGGUUUAGCAAGAUAUAUCAACCACUCCUGCAACCCAAAUUGUGUAGCAGAAACCGUAGAAGUUGAUCGAGACUGCAGAAUCAUUAUCUUUGCAAACAGACGCAUCUCAAGAGGAGAAGAAUUAGCAUAUGACUAUAAAUUUGAAGUUGAAGAUGAUCAGCACAAAAUUCCAUGCUUGUGUUUAGCACCAAAUUGUCAACAAUGGAUGAACUAAAUUUACAUAAUAAGUACGUAUGUGUGGCUUAAAACGUACGUGACCAUUUCAAAAGCAAUAUUACAUGAACCACCAUCACCACAACCAUAAUAUUUCUCAUAAUUUCAACACACCAAUUCACCUCUUCACACAUAAUAAUACUACUAGUACUACAUAUUACGUUAUUAAAAUGGAUAGUUUGGCUUGCUAUCCAAAGAUUGAAUUAGUUUUUGUUUUUGGUUAAUCGAAGCAAUUUUUCUAGUCCCAGAGGAACAACCCAACCAUAAAGAAGAUAUUUUUAGUUGUUUCAAAUCCCAGAUAUUACUGAGCAUAAUAUUUCCUGAGUACAACACCAAAUAUCUGUUUAAAUUUAGUAAUACCUGUGUGUGUUUUUUGUUAUCCUGUGGUAUAAUAAUAAGUGUAAAACGUAAACCAAUGUUAAAUGUUUUUAUAUGCAAAAUACUUAGUUACAUAAUAGUUCGUAAAUUAUUAUAGCGUAUGUAUCAUGUUUAUUUCCUGGGGUAGUCAAAUAUAUCAGACAAACAGAUAAUCAAUGUGCAGAGAAAGAGAUGUCAGAAUAGCGUUUACUUGUUAUUAUUACUGAUACUGAUAAUAAUUGUCUCCAUAAUAAUAAUAAUAACGAUAAUAAUAUAUUAGCAAAAUAAUUAAGUGUAUAUUGUGACAUUUACUUAUAUAUUGAUACUAAUUACCACAAUUUGUUAACAAGAGUGAUCUGCAUAUAGUGCUGCACAUGUAUUGUAUUAUAGCUAAAGAUGGCUAAUCAGGGAACUCUUACAACCACUAUCCUUCCUAAAUGUUGUUUCUUUUUAUUGUGUGUGCAAAACCAUAAAGAUAAUGCUGGAAACAUUUUGCAUAUUGUAUUUUUUAAAAACAUAUAUAUUACAGUAUUGUACUCCAAUUAUACGCGUUGAUAUACAACACAAAGAAACAAUCGACUUUUCAUAUUAUGACUGAA